AAUACUCAGUGAUCAAACGAUAAGAGCUGGGCUCAUCCUUGACCCGAGAGGAGAUUGGUUCUCUGUUUCAUAUUGCAGGCAGACACCGGGUUUAUGAAGUAAUAAGACUGCAGGGCAGGUGGAGGGUAUCAUUCCUCGGACACUCUGUGAUCUACCUUGAUUUUAAUCCCUAUUCUUGUCCAAGAUCUGGGGAUCCUUUCAUGUCAUCCCUGUGUGGACUCAGCAUGGCGCAGGAGGAGGAGGAGGAGGAGGACGAACACAGCCUGGAGACGAAAUUUGCCGCCGCGGUUAAAGUGAUCCGGAGUUUGCCCGAAGAAGGUCCUUUUCAGCCUUCUGAUGACAUGAUGAUGAUGUUUUGUAGUUACUAUAAACAGGCUACCAUAGGGCCCUGUCACAUCCCUAGACCAACUGGCUUCUGGGACUCCAGAGGAAAAGCUAAAUGGGAUGCAUGGAGCUCUCUGGGAAACAUGACAAAAGAGGAAGCCAUGAAGAAUUACGUAGAACACAUCCAGCUGAUUUUGGAGACCAUCCCGAUCUCCGAGGAAGUUACAGAGCUGGUGCAGAGGCUUGGCAACUUUUACACAGAGGUGGACGGAGAGGAAGAGGAAGAAGGAAAUCAAGUAGACAAAAGACCCUUCACCAGGCCUUUUGUAGAUCAUGCAGAGGAGCUGGGUAAAUUGUUUAAGAAGCCAGCAAUGGAAGGGUAUGGGGAUCUGUGGGAGGAUAUACAAAACCCCCAGGAGAAAGGCAGAGACGGCAGUGUGCUUGGACGAACUGUAAGCCGCGAGGAGGCAGAGGGAAGCAAAGAGAUAAAAGAGGAAAGUGGUGUUUGGAGCAAAAAUAAGAAGGAGAACUGGAAUGAUGACUUCGGUGGCAACAAUGUGGAGAUAAGAGACUGGGACCAGGACCCACGCUUUUUAACAGUGGAUGACAGGAGAUGGAGGUCUGACACUAAGGGUUCCAGCAGCAGCAUAGAACCCAGCAUGUCCUCCUUCACCAACGGCACUCACAGCUCCCUUAACAGCGAGGUGGAGGAGGAGGAACUGGCCUGUUCCAUUGAGCCCGGUGUGCCGUAUAAUCCCUGCAUGCACUUAAAUGGAUACUUUAAUGACGAUUGCAGUGUUAAUCCUGAGAGGAACCAUCGACCCGCAGACUCUGACAAUGAGGAAUUUUGUGACUCAAUGGAGCAUCUGGCAAUGGAAGAGCGGCUGCCUCCAUCUAAAGGCCGGUCCCCUGGGUCGGGAGCUACCUCGUUGAAGACAAACGAUGUUUGGUUUGAGAGCAGCACAACCCUGAAAGAUGCUGAAGAUGACGCACCAGCGGGAGACUUCUACAUCAAAGAAAGAGUGUGUCCAAGCAAACACAGCCGCUCCAUAUCAAAAAGAAGAAGAGGUUGCCGUUCAACAAUAACCACCUGCAGCCCACUGCGUUGUGUAAGUGCAGACGCUGCCUGUGGUUGUGUGUUACAGAGCAGACAUCCUGUCACUGUUACAAGGGGAAACAACAGUGAACAAAUAGCAGCUGCUCUGCUGAGGCUACAGCACAACAUGGCUAACGUGCUGCACAGGUUGCGCACUCUGGAGGAGCUGACUAGGUCACAGUCAAGAUCCCCUUCUCCAAGACAGGAAGCCUUUUUACCUGUUGCACAAAAGUUCCUGAGACCAUCUUGGUGGCCUUUUCAUCUCCCUCCAAUCACCAUGAUGUUGGCAGCACUCUGGCCUCUGAUCACCCACUGGCUUGUCCAACUUUAUUUCCAGCGUAAAAGAAGGAAAAUUCCAUGAGGGUUUUGACAAUCAACAGGAAUCAAAGAUGCUCUUUUGUUCCACUGUGGCCAACAUCAAAGAUGGAGGGUAGCGGAGCUUAAAUCUAAAAGGUGCAGAAAAUGAGUCUUUAUCCUUACCAAGAGGAGACCUUUAGGUGUGUGAAAAGUGAUAAUUAUAGUCUGUAGUGUGACUCCUAUCAUACUGUUAAACACGUUAGUAAAAUAAACAGAAAUUAAAUAACAGUUUAUGAUAAUACAGUGACUAUAUACCAUAGGUUUUGGGAGUUUUCUGAAUUGUUAUUAUCAUUUAUUUGGUUGAUAGAAACUAUUGUGUAAUUUGAUUUAUUUUAAUGUCUUGGGAAGGUACAUUUAUUAAUUUAUCAGUGUUAAUGUGUUUUCUAAAUAUUAAAAUACCUUGGGGGCAUUUAUCUUAAAAUAAGAUAUACAUUUGAAGUAACAAGCAGUAAUUGUAACCUGAAGCUGUCUAUUUAGUUUGCUGCUGCAGUACAGUAAUAAGGAAUGAUUUCUCUUUACACAUAGAGGUGGCUGAACAGCUCCAGUAUGCUGCUGGCCUGUCAGCCUGUGUUUUUGCUUUUUAGAAAUAAACUGUGUAAGAUAAAAUGAAAAAGAGAUGUCCUUUAAAAAAUGGAAAAAUGAAAAAGGAAAUGAGAGAGAAACAAGAUGGCAACUUAGAGCCAACAGCAAAACAUUUUUUUAAGCUCUGGAACAAGUGUCAAUGGGCUUUUCAGUAUGUGUGUUCAGGAGUCUGUUUGUAUCAUAAUGUAUCCUAUAUUUUGCAACGUAGUACAGACAAUCUAUGUUAGCCUUAUCUAAGCAUUCAUCUUGACAGCUUUACAGCAAAAAUGAAGAAAAUGUAGACUUUAGGUGAUCUUACAGAAGUCUAGUUGUAAUACAUGACUGUAUGAAACAAAUUUCAAAUAUAAAAUAAAAGUUUUGGAACAAA